UGAGAAGAAGUAGUGUCGAUUGACCGUCCUCAUAAAAGGUCAUAAAUAAAUUUGUUUGUAAAUUUAAAUCAAAUCAAAUCAAAUCAUUAUAAUGGCGCGUAAUCUAGUCCUUCUUACAUUGGCAACGACUGUUCUAGUUGUUCAAGCAUCCAAUAUUGGCUUCCGAAAACUAUGGAAUACUCUAAACCCGAUCUCUGAGCAAGUGCAGUUACCUCGAAAUGUAGUUGAAGCAUUUAUAACACAACGCUUGGACAAUUUCGAUCCAACAAAUGAUAAUACUUGGCAGCAAAGGUAUUUAAUUAACGGUGAAUUUUGGGCACCAGGCGGAUGUAUUUUUCUUCUAUUAACUGGCGAGUGGGGAGCCACUGCCGACCGUCUACAAAAUAGCAUGAUGUACGAAAUGUCUAGGCAAUUUCAGUGUUAUAUGGUUUAUUUGGAACAUCGCUACUAUGGCCAGAGCCAUCCAACUGAAGAUAUUUCGAACGAAAACUUGAGAUAUUUGAAUGUGGAACAAGUGUUAGCUGAUAUUGCCCAUUUUGUCGAACAUAUUAAGUUGGAAAGUGUGACACCAGGCGCUAGAGACUCACCCGUUGUGGUUCUGGGUCGUAGGUACGCAGGAAGUUUAGCGAUAUGGUUUCGACAAUCCUAUCCAUUCCUUACUGUCGGCGCUUGGUCGUCAAGUUCUCCAACACAGUCGGUAGUUGAUCAUUUUCAAUAUAAAGAAUUAGGUGGAGCUGUUUACCGACACGUCGGAGGUGUUGAAUGCUACAACCGUAUCGAAGGAGGUUUCGCUGCCAUGGAACAUAUGAUCGCUACCGGUCGAAAUGAAGAUCUUGCUGCUAUGUUCCAUAUUUGUAACGAAAUAACCUCUCAGGAUGUUCAGUUUUUCUUUCAAGCAAUGUCGGACUUUUACUCAUCAUUAACUCAAUUUGAACGUGCUACAGACAUUGGUGAUGUGUGCGAUACGAUUCUGUCGAAUGAGACUCUAUCAGAUAUUGAAGCGUUAGCUCAAUUCAUAAUAGAUCGCUUGGAUGGUCAAUGUAUCGACCUCGAUUAUGAACAAGCCAUCGCAGACACCCGUCAAACGAAUUGGAAUGAUUCUGCCGUAGUGCCUGGCGACAGGCAAUUGAUGUACCAGCACUGUUCGCAAUUGGGCUGGUAUCAGUCUUCUAGGUCUCGAUUCCAACCUUUUGGGUCUAGUUUUUCAGUUGAACAUUUUUUCCGAAUCUGUGCAGAUAUAUUUGACGAACUCUUUUCUCCUGACGUAAUGCUUGAAAAUGCAGAUCGGUUUAACACCGCAUUCGGAGGAGUCACGCCUGGAGCAUCAAAUGUAUUAUAUAUUCACGGUCAAUUCGAUCCGUGGCGAACAAUUGGAGUCCAAAAUGUUGAUAAUGACUCAACAGUAGUCAUUGUCAUCGAAGGUGCCUCUCAAAGUAGUGACAUAGGACCGAUAACUGAAGCUGAUUCAGAUGCAGUAGUUGAGGCAAAAGAAACAAUUAUUGAGACCAUUAGAAGUUGGAUUCAAACCACCCCCAAGUGAAAACACUUAAAUGUUGAUGAUUCGUAUGGAUAAUAAUCGGAGACGAACUAAUAAUGAUCCGAAUGUUCCGAAUUGUUUGAUAUACUGGAGACAUAAUUAUAAAUUGUCAUCCUAAUCGAAACUCGCAAAAUAUCUAUAUUUUUAUCUGAA